AUGGGUGCUUGCAAUUUACAAGACCUUGGAGAUUGUGGUCCCAAAUUCACUUGGAUGGGUCCCAAUUAUAAUGGGGGCCAAAGGAUAUAUGAGAGGUUGGAUAUAGCUUUAAGCAAUCAAGAUUGGCGUCUGAGAUUUGCGGAAGCUCAUGUUGAAGUUCUUACAAGAGUGAGUUUUUCUCAUCAUCAUCCAAUUUUGACAUCGUUAAGUUGUACUCAUAAUGUGAGGGGGGCUAAACCUUUUCGUUUUGAAUGUGCUUGGAUGGUUGGAAGAAAUUACUUCGACAAACUUAAAACUUAUUGGAAUCUGAAUGAUGAGAUCAAUACUAAUAUGAAGAGAAUUGAAAAUAAUGUUGAGGAAUGGAAGAAGUGUACUGUGAACUAUAUUCAAGGCAUUAAGAAGGAGAUUAUGGCUUGA